AACUCUUGCAAGCAGUUUCUCGCGUACGACCACAUUUCCAACGACCGCUUGGCAUCGUAUUUGGCAAUAAAACUGUAAUUUACGUUGACGAUCCCGCAACAAUGGAACAGUUUUUCAACGCGCCUGAAUGUAUAGACAAGUCGUUUUUUCAAGAGGGGUUCUGCUUGCGUCGUGGUCUUUUACACGCUAAAGGCGCUGCCUGGAAAUCUCGUCGACGUCAGCUGGACCCGGCCUUCGGUUCUAAAGUUUUACUCAGCUUCAUUGACACCUUUAAUACUGUGGGCAAUCAAUUGGUGCAUAAAUUCGAAACGGAAUUGCUUGGUGACAAUAUUCAAUUCAAUGUACUUGAUGAAAUGUUUUGCAGAGCUGUGCUCGAAGUCUCAUGUCAGACAACAAUGGGCACUGAAACUAACUUCACAGCUGCAGACACUCAAGGGAUUGCAAGAACCUAUAGCGAGCUUAUGCAUAUAUCAGCGUUGAAAGGCACGAAACCCUGGCUGCAAGUGGAUUUCAUAUUUCGUCUGCUAGAUGGCAAAAACUAUAAACACUGCAAAGAACUUAUGAAACAUUUGGAGGACUUUGUAAAAAUCAUCGUACAAAAAAAGCACGCCGAGUGGAAGGCGGAAAGUCAGAACACACUCCCGAGCACAAUUUAUCCCGAUUCUAAUCAUGCUGAAGCCACAGUAGAUUUUAAGAAUGCCAAGAAUAUUUCCUUAGAAAAUCCAGAACGAAAGCGUAUUUUUAUUGAGCAAAUAUUUCAUAUGGUCGAUUCGGGUGAACUUCAUAUGGAGGAUAUUCUGGAUGAGGCGCUAUCCAUGUUGAUGGUGUCAUUCGAAACGAUUUCAACAAGUGUUCUGGUCAACGUGCUGCUUUUGGCUAUGCACGAGGAUUGUCAGCGUAAAUUACGCGAAGAAAUCGCAACAACUUUUCCCAACAAAUCACAAAUAAUCAAUAUUGAUCCAGCGCUGUUGUUGCAAAUGAAAUAUCUUGAUGCCAUCGUUUAUGAAUCGCUGCGCUUGCUCACCACCGUACCAUUCAAUAUGCGCGCUGUGAGUAGAGAUUUUUAUUUUCAACUAGCCACUGGCAGCGGUUCAACUACUCGGCGAGUCAAAGUACCAAAAGAUACUGCCUUGGUAUUUGAUGUUUUCAAUAUGCAACGUGAUGCCAAGUAUUGGGGUGCGCAUGCCAAAGAAUUUCACCCAGAGCAUUUUGCAACAGGAAGUGGUGGAUCAGCGGAACGGCAUCCUUAUUCAUUUGUGCCAUUUGCCAAGGGAUUACGUUACUGCAUUGGGAAUCGCUAUUCGAUGUACUUGGCUAAAAUAUUUCUGGUAAAAUUAAUUUAUCACUUUGAAUUUGGUACCUCAACAAAACUGAGUGAUUUAGUAUUUGUAAAUGGCAUUUCGUUGAAAUUUGGAAAUAGCGAAAGCAUAAAAUUUCAAAUAAAAAGACGCAGUGACUGCAGCGGCGUAUAGUUCUUCUUUGUCGUCUUUAGCCAUGGAUGAAUUUAACCUCGAAUAAACUCAGUGGUUGCACAAAGCCUUUGAA